CCACAUCACCACCCCAGAAGUCAUCAUAAAGUGCUGUCCCUGUCUCCUGCUGUCAUUCCUUCCUCCACUGCUGUAGCCUUCUUGGACACUGAGGGAGGGACACAGAGGCUGCUUUGCAGAUCCACUCACUUGCCACAACCUCUGAUAUGAAUGCCAAAUCUCAGUAAGAUGGCCCUGGUGACUGAGAUGGCAUCCUCUCGGAAGGUCUGGGUCCCUCUCUUGAUCCUCCUGUGCCUCCAAUGCAGGCUACUUGUGCAGAGCAAAGACACUUCCAGGAGGAAAUUUAUGGAGGAGCACUACAUAAGCCCACGCCAAGAAUUCGGUGAAUACAAAUGUUAUAUCCUCAUGACAGAAACAGCAGCUCUGAAGAACAAGAUUUCUCACCUGUUUAUUUAUACCCCAUGGUACAAAGUGGAUCAGAUAUGCUACAGCAGCAACUGGAAUGACCGCUAUAGGAAUGUGUAUGUAUGGGCUCACAUGCCGAUGAAAGUACUCAAGUGUCACAAGGAGAGUUGCACAAAUAGUUACAUAGAGAGCAGGAGCUACAGCUAUGUUCAGUUCCACUGUAAUCUAAAUGGGUAUGUUGACAGCAUAGAAGACACGAAGCUCAUACAGCACAUCUUCAUCUAGCAAGCCUACCCUGUCCCAAAGAUUUGGCAAUCAGUGGUCUCAAGUAGUGGUCCCUGCCUACUGCUCUGGCCAACCCCCACAAUGUAUUUCUGUGUCAGUGUUUCCCAAUUAUUGAGUUAUACAGUACGCAUUUUCUUUCAUUCUUUUUCUUUUUGGGAUAGUGUCUCACUAUGUAGUUCAGGCUGGCCUUGAACUCAUUAUGUAACUUAGGCUGGCCUUGAACUCCCAAUCCUUCUGACUCACCCUCCUAAAUUACCAAUGUAUUUUCUUGACUCUACUCAAGAAUGACCUAGUCUAUUCUCUGCAUAGCAAUAUUCUGUCCUAAUUUACCUAACUUACUCAGACAUUUUUUUAAAGACUCAACAUUAUCAACUAAUCUUGGACAUUUCCUGAUAUUAUUGUCAUUAUACUCACAGAACCUGAAUCAUCUUUUCUUCUGUAAAUGACUUAUGUUGUUCUAAUAUAUGCAAAAUAUAAAUAUAUACUGUGUGCAGA